AAUCCAUGAUAUGGGCAGUUGACUCUGAGAGAGAAAGACAAUAGUUGAACAGUUUUAAACAAAUUAAUUUGUUUAAAGGUUUCUAAUGAAGUAGAAGCAAGAGAGAAAUAGAUCAAGAAAGAGAGAUUAUUAUUGUUUUUAAUAUUAUAUAUUUUUUUUUCAGUUUCGUUUUUCUGGCAAAUCCAGCUGGCUAGUACAGCCAACAGAAACGCCCUGCUCAGACUUUCCAACACAACACUAGAACUCUUCUAAGAGGUUUGGCUUGGAAAUGUUGUUUUGCCUGGUCACAUACAGCUGAUGUGUUGUACAUUGAAGUCCACACGCAAAGGGAGAGAAGGAACGCAACGUGGCAGUUAUGAGAGUGAACUCUAUUUACACGUGAUCAGGAGUGUAUUCAUUAUGCAGAUUCUGUUGAAACAUACACAGACACACAAUAGUUUAGUGAUUUAAAACAAUCCCUCGUGUACUUUCCUCUCCUACUUGUCACAUACAGCUGUGUGUCAGUCCACUGUGUAUCAGUCAGCUGCAGGGAUGGCGCACCAAGAGCAGAGCACAGCCACUUUCCCCGAGCACAUCCGCAAGAAACGGAACGGUGAACAGCUGAGCGCUGGGGAGAUCCGAGACUUCGUACAGGGUGUCAAGGACAAGACCAUCCAAGAGAGUCAGAUUGGAGCCAUGCUGAUGGCAAUCUGGCUGCAGGGAAUGGUAGCGGAGGAGACUCACGCACUGACGAAGGAGAUGAUGAUGUCAGGGGAAGUGAUGUCAUGGCCGGCAGAGUGGGAGGGGCUAAUGGUGGAUAAACACUCGACGGGUGGAGUGGGGGACAAGAUCAGCCUGGUGCUGGCUCCUGCUCUGGCUGCCUGCGGCUGUAAGGUACCCAUGAUAAGUGGCAGAGGUCUGGCGCACACAGGCGGCACGCUGGACAAACUGGAGUCCAUCCCUGGUUAUAACGUCUAUCAGUCAGUACAACAGCUGCAUCGAAUCCUGGAGGAGGUUGGCUGUUGCAUUGUAGGACAGACAGAUAACCUGGUGCCUGCUGACAAGGUCAUGUACGCUCUGAGAGACGUUACGUCUACAGUCGACAGCCUCCCACUCAUCACAGGCUCUAUCAUCUCUAAGAAGGGUGCUGAGUCUCUGAAUGCGUUGGUUCUGGAUGUGAAGUUUGGGAAUGCAGCUCUCUACAAAGACCUGGGCAGUGCCAAGUCACUGGCCCAGUCCAUGGUGACAGUUGGGAACAGUUUGGGGAUCCGUACGGGGGCGGUGCUUAGUCGUAUGAACUGUCCUAUUGGUUGCUGUGUGGGGAACACUCUGGAAGUGAUGGAGUCCCUGGAGUGUCUAAAGGGGAGGGGCCCCGACGACAUACUGGAGCUGGUCACAAGUCUGGGUGGGCUGCUGUUGUGGAUGAUUGGCCGUGCAGGGAGCCUGGAGGAGGGUAAAAAGGUGAUCUCUAAAACCCUGCAGAAUGGUGCAGCCCUGGAAAAGUUCCAGAACAUGAUGAUUGGUCAGGGAGUAACCAGUCAGAUCGCUGCAUCACUCUGUUCAACCAACGCAGACUACUACAGCAUCCUGAGAAGGGCACACUACCAGACAGAACUGGAGACACAGGGCCACGGGACAGUGCUGGACAUAGAUGGCAUGGUCAUUGCUCAGGUGCUGCACAGGUUGGGGGCGGGACGUUCGAAGGCCGGAGACCCAGUCAAUCACAGCGUGGGGGCGGAGCUUCUGGUGUCUUUGGGACAGAAGGUGGAGAAAGGGCAGCCAUGGCUGCGUGUCCACUACGAGACUCCGGCGCUGAGUGCAGAGCAGAGACUCAGUCUACAAGGGGCGCUGACACUGGGGACCGCCGACCAGCUACACACACAGCCACUAGUGGCAGAAAUCAUACUGCCAUAGUGACACAAAUCCACUCUAUGUUAAAGCUUGAUUGGGAGAUGACCUGCCUUUGGGAAUCUCAGUGUUUAAUUUUUAAAGGAUGUAUAGAUCAGAACUAAAGGCCUGUGUCUCCUGCUCUUCACUCUCAAAGUCCUCCCUGAACCACCCAUAUAAAGUCACAUGAUUCUGUGGAGACUGAAUAGAUGUUAACCGCUUCCAGGAACCGUUAUGAAUCGCAGGAUUCAUUUUCAUUUGUGUGUGUGUGUGUGUGUGUGUGUGUGUGUGUGUGUGUGUGUGUGCGUGCGUGCGUGCGUGCGUGCGUGCGUGCGUGUUUGGGGAUUUUCCUUUUUGGUUUGUCUCAGCAUGAACUCAACAGAUUCUUCCAAAACAACAAUGAUACUGCUUUCCACGUUGCUUCUAAAUAUGAAUACACAUGUCCACACAUCUCUAUUACAAUAUAAAUAUAAGAACAAAAUGUUUGGCCCAUAUGGCCCUAACAACCUAGUAACUUUAAUAUUAUGCAAACAUUUGGUGGCACAGAAAGAAAGGAGACAUUACUGCACUGUUGGAGAUAUGAACACAAGUAUUUUGCUACUCACUCACAUACACAUAUCUGCAUGUGACCAAUAAAAUGUAGUUUGAUUUGAUUUGUGAAGGAUAUCAUAAAGGCCCAAUGUAGGCUACAUCUCAAUCAAUAUAAAAAUGUUUUGAAAAUGAAAUACAUAAAUCAAAUUUACAAAGUAUUCACACCCCUGAGUCAAUACUUUGUAGAGGCACCUUUGGCAGCGAUUACAGAUUUGCGUCGUCUUGGGUUUGUCUGUUUCAGCUUUGCACAUCUGGAUUUGGGGUUUUUCUCCCAUUCUUCCUUUUCUCAAGCUCUGUUCUGUUCUGAAGCUCUGUUCUGUUCUGAAGCUCUGUUCUGUUCUCAAGCUCUGUUCUGUUCUCAAGCUCUGUUCUGUUCUCAAGCUCUGUUAAAUCUGUUUAAAAAAACAGCAAUCUUCAAGUCCUUCAUUCCACAGCUUUUCAAAGGGUUCAAGUCUGGGCUUUGGCUGGGCCACUCAAGGACUUUCACAUUCUUGUUCUGAAGUCAUUCCAGCAUUGCUUUGGCUGUAUGCUUGGGGUCAUUUUCCUGUUGGAACGUAAAUCGUUGCCUCAGUCUAAAGUCGUUUGGACUCUGAAGCAGGUCAUUAUCAAGGAUUUGCCUGUAUUUGGAUCCAUUCAUUGUUCCCUCUAUCCUUGCCAGUCUCCCAGUCCAUGCCGCUGAAAAGCAUCCCCAUAGCAUGAUGCUGCCACCACGCUUCUCUGUAGGGAUGGUGUUAGACAGGUGAUGAGCUGUGCUUGGUUUUCUCAACAUGGUCUCAGAGCAUUUCGUAUUAUUUUGUGCGUAUAUUAAACCAAAACACUCCAUUUACUAUGAUAUGUUACGUUUCGUUUGGUAUCUUAAUUUGUGGAUGUCCAUUACCCAUUUUGUAUGAUAUGUUAUGAAUAACAAUUGACACGAUUAUGUUUCGAAUUUGUUAAACGUAUCAUUAGUCACAAAUUACAAUUUGUUGUUGCUACAGCUAGGUGGCUAACGCUAACUAGCUCUAGGGGUUAAGGUUAGGGGAAGGGUUGGCUAAAAGGGUUAGGGGAAGGGUUAGCUAACUUGAUAAGUAGUUCCAACGUAGCUAAAAAGUAGUUACAAUGUUGCUAAAGUUUUCUGUGAUGAGAUUCAAAAACUCAACCUUGGCGUUGCUAGACGUUUGUGUUAUACGCCCACUCAUCCACCCCGACCAAUCACCCUACUUUUGUUUUUGCCUUAAGUAACCUGUCUUAUGUAACCAUUAUGGAAGAAAUUAUUGAAUUACCUACCAUGUUGUUUAAUUAAACAUACUAUGCUGUUUUUACUUGGAGAAUUAUCCAAUGUUAUAUUUUAGUAUAGGCUUCUCUUGUGGGACUUAGUCAUGGGUCUGGGCAUACAGAUAAGAGCCUUUUGGUUUCGACUGUAGUAUGUGACAUCCUGUUUUAACAAUCUACAGGAACUUUGAUGUGUGAAAACUGUAAGGGAAACAUUACGUAUUUACCUGCUUUGUUGAAUAUUCAUUGUUGAAUUAUAUGCUUAACAAUAGUAAGAGAUUUCCAUAACUACAAAUGCUGUGCUUCUGUAAAGGGAUGGUUCCCCUCUAGCUCCCUGCAGCUGGUCUGUGGGUAUCGUCAAGGACAUGGUGUGAGCCGAGAUAGAGAGAGCCUGAGAAGUAGAAUAAACCCCUAUUUGUUUCUAAUCAUCUUUGCUUCUGAGAAACGAAGCCAGGGUACGGGGAAACAACACUGGGUGAACAUUACCACAAGGUGAACCCAAGGUAGCUUAUGAUGCCCCGAUCUGCAUGGGAGGGGUGGAACCAGCCAUGACUACGCCUUUUUAGGUCUGCUAUAUAGGACCUCUGUUUUUUCUGUAUCAUUGAGCUCUCGGCCUUACACUCAAGAGUGUGGGGUCGACCAGCUUCAUUAUUGCAAUUCUUAAUAAAUAAAGACGAUCGUUUGAAGAAAUGACAAA